UUCCAGCAUGGACGCUUCUGUUUCUUUCCACCACCAUCAAAAUUUCACUCUCCCUUCCAGGGAAAAGAGAGCUAUGCGCUUCCAAGAAAUAACAAGAGGCUUCUCUCACUUUGGCCUACGUGCUUCUCUACGUAGACGACUGGGCAGACACAACACAUUCACAGAGAGCAGACCACUCACCCUCACUAAGACACUGGCUGUUUCAGAUGGAGAGCUGAAUGUACUGGAGCCGGAGAAGCGUGCAGGCACACACUGCUCCAACAGUAACUCCAGCCUGCCCAGUGUGCCCAGUGGCAGGGCCAGUGGAGUGGGUCAGGUGGCCAGUUGGGCUGUCAACUUCGAGAGGCUGCUAGAAGAUCCGCUGGGAGUGCGUUACUUCACAGCAUUUCUGAAGUCAGAGGUCAGUGUGGAGAAUAUCCUCUUCUGGCUCGCGUGUGAGAAUUUCCGCAAGAUACCUGCCAGUAAUACUGAUCAGCUAAGCAGGGAGGCUCUCUCAAUCUACAACAGUUACCUGUCCGACAGUGCAACCACUCCUAUUAAUAUUGAUGACAGAGUUCGAGUAGAAGAAAAGGACAUCCAAAACCCUCAGCCGGAUGUCUUUCAGAAGGCUCAGCAACAGAUCUUCAAGCUGAUGAAGUUUGACAGCUACACUCGCUUUGUGCGCUCACAGCUCUAUCAGAAUUGCAUGCUGGCUAAUGUAGAGGGCAGGCCUCUGCCGGAGCCUGGUCAGCGUACCAAACUGCCCAUCACCACUAGACACAGCAGCCCCUUAACCAGAGAACAGCCCAAGCCUGAGCAAAAACCUAAAGAGAAGUUGAAGGUAAAGCUUGGCAAGACCGCAGCAGGGGAAGCUGAUGAUGUGAUAGAGAGGAGGAAAGGCCCUCUGCAGGGGAAGAUAGGCUGGGAGAAGCGCAAAGAGAAGAGAGGAUCAUGGGGAGAGUCACAGAUUAUUGUGAAGCCUGGAUCAUCUUACAAUGCAGAGUUAGUGGCUCGCUCUGCUGACAGUUCAGCAAAGACGGGGGCUGAUAAGUACUGCUGCGUGUACCUGCCCGAUGGCACAGCCUCGCUGACCCCUGCCCGGCCUGGUCUCACUAUUCGUGGCAUGUUGACGGGCUUGUGUGAGAAAAGAGGUCUUCCUCUCUCUGACAUCUUUAUCUACCUGCAGGGCAAAGAUAAGCAGCCCCUAUCUCUGGAACAAGAUAGCUCAAUGUUGCAGGACCAGCAAGUGUAUCUAGAGCUACGGGUGACUUUUGCUGUGGAGGUGGCAUUCACAGGUAAACAGAUAGCUAUCAUGGUGAAAUCCAAUAAGACUCUCCAGGAGGCACUGGCCUCAGUGCUCCAAAAGCACCGCCUCCGCCCACAGGACACCAUCAUCACCAUGAAAGAAAGCAAAGAGCCUAUAAACAUGAACACAAUCGUCACCAACCUGGCCAACAAGACACUAACCCUAGACAGCAUAAAAGGUGUUGACCAGGGCCUCAGCUCGAAGGCAACUCCAGUUCCUGCUCUUCAGGCACGCAGAGGUGCGGUUGAUAUUGACAUGAGCCCCUCAGGAGUCUACAGAUCAAAUCCUAAACAGAAGAACCCUAUUGUGCGGAGAACUUAUGAUAUGGAAGGGCUAGUGGAGCUACUGAAUCGAGCUCAGUGCUGCAGUGCUGAUGACCAGCGAGGUCUCCUGAGCAAAGAGCACCUGAUGCUGCCUCAGUUCCUCCAGCUCCCCCUGGAGGAGACAGAGGAAGAGGAGCAACAGGUGGAAGACCAAUUGAGUUCACUGGAAGAAACCAACUCCAAUAUGUCUUCACUAGAAGGAGACUCCACAGAUUCCCCCAUGUCUUCACUCUGCUCCACAGGGCCAGGAGACAGGAAAAGAUCUGAAAACCAGUGUUCUAACCCUGCCCGGGAAACUGUUGUAUGAACUUUAGCGAACAAUGUGCCCAAAUGGAUGUCUAAUUUCAGACUACUUGCACUGAACAUGGAGAUUGCUUCAGGAAUGUGAAUCUCUAGAGAAGGUGGACACUUGGAUGUGUGAAGACCUUUUUGGACUUUGGAGGAUGUUGUAAGAUGUUUACAGUUGAUGUGAUGUGGUACAGUGUUAAUGUUCAGUUGAUUGUAUUUAUUUUAAAACAUAUCAUAAUGUCAAAUAUAUUCUUUGCUUUAAUGAA